UGUAAUAAAAUGAGUUUGAAUAAAAAUAAUUCAUAUCGGAUUUCUGAAAUCUUGGAUUAUAUAUUUAAUAAAAUUUAAUUAAAAUAUUAAAAUGAAUAAAUGUAUGUAAAUAUUAUAAAUUUAUUACUCACCAGGUUCCUUCAAAUAAAAGUUUAAUUACCUAUAACUUAAAAAACUAAGUACAACAAAAUGCAAUUAAUGAAUUUCAUAAAAUUGCAAAUUUAUUUUAAUGCAAAAUUAUGGCAACAUUAAUACCAACAAAUCAGCCUUCAAAUGUAGAGGCUGUCUACGAAGACAUGUUCAAGGAAAUAACACGCAAAUUAUACGGUGAAGAAACUGGAAAUGGUUUGCACACGUUAGGCACACCUGUCGCACAUGUUGCAACAACUGGGCCUACAGCGCCAGAGGGCGAAAGAUCUUUCACGACUCUGAUAUCAGAUCGUAACUUAAACACUAUUGAUUAUGAACAACAGCAACAACAACAAUCACAACAGCAGCAAACCCAAAUUACUCAACAUAAUAAUGGACUAAUAGAAACGGCUUCAACGACAAACCCGCCUAACUUCAAAAGUGAAGAUCAUUUAACAACCGCUUUUGGAUUGGCUGCCUUAAUGCAGAAUGGAUUUCAUCCAGCAAGUAAUCUAAUACCAAAAGUUAUAAAUACUACAGGUGCUAAUUCAACAAACUCAACAAUUCAAUCGACAGUAUCAGUCAAUAAUGGUAACAAUAACAGUGACAGCUCAACAACGGAAGUCGGAAAUAAUAAUGAUCAACAGCCUCAGCAACAUCAAAGUUGGAAUAAUCCCAAUGAUCACUUGCUUCAACAAUGGCAAACUGAUACCAAGCCUGUUACUUUUCACACUCCAAUAGUUUCACCAAAAAAUCCCAAAUUAAACAAAAAUAAAAAUUCAAUCCAAGAUAUUCAAUUUCAAGCAGGAACCUCAUCGCAACCUAACACUCAAGUGAUUCCUCUACCAAAAAAAAACAAAAAUAACAUACAAAACACCGUAUCAAAUCAACAAUCUCAGCAACCACCAGUCCAAAAACGAUAUAGUUGCACUCAUUGUCCAUAUUCAACAGAUCGGCGUGAUUUAUAUACCAGACAUGAAAAUAUUCAUAAAGAUGAGAAACCUUUCCAAUGUUAUGCUUGCCUUAAGCAAUUUAACCGCGCCGAUCAUGUUAAAAAGCAUUUCCUACGUAUGCACCGUGAGUUAACCUACGAUAUAAGCAAAACGAGGCGAAACGUUAAUAAUAAUGCAUCAAAUAACAAUACAGCUGUUGAUAAUAACAAUUGUACAAAUAAUACAAAUAUAAAUACAUCUCCAUCACCAUUGGUUGAUCAAAAGCCUAUAAAUUUAUUUAAUUCAGAAUUAAGAAAUGUAACAAACAAUAGUUCUUUAACUGAACACUUCCUAAAUACUCAAAGAGUUCUACAUCAAGCCUCAAGCUCAAGUAUAGCACAGACAAUAGAAAGCGUUGCUACAGCAACUGAAUCACAGAUCCAAAUCCAGGUAAAACAAGAAAAAAUUUCCAAUGAUGAAAAAUCGCCCAGUAAAAUAAAACCCCAAAGAGAAAAACGAUUUACAUGCUGCUACUGUCCUUGGUCUGGUGCUGAUAAGUGGGGUCUAAAAAGACAUCUAAAUACUCAUACAAAGCCGUUUGUUUGCAUGUUAUGUGAUUACAAAGCUGCGAGAUCAGAACGUCUAGCAACACAUGUUCUUAAAGUGCAUAACAAAAAAGCAUGUAAUAAGUGCUCAUUUUUAGCUGAUACACAAGAAGAAUUUCAAACACAUUUGAAUGAAGUUCAUCCGCAUGAUAAUCGACCAUCUAGAAGUAGUAGUAAUAACUCUAAUGUUCUACGAGCAAUAAGUUCGAAUACCAACAACAAUAACAAUCAAAUUAACAAUUUUAAUAACACUAACAGUUCUUUCGGAAAUGUUCAAAAUAACGGAAUUUAUAGUAGUAACAUCAAUAAUAGUAACGAGUUAAAUGGUAUGAAUAACAUACAAAGUUUAAUCACGAAUCCAACAACAAUGGCAGGAUGGCGCAUAGGUCCAAACGGCUCACUAAUACCACCUUCCCACUUAACUGAACCAAAUGGUUUAAAUAGCAAUCCAAGCCAAAAACGCGGAGCGGAGAGACUCUUUUCAUAUCUAGAAGCUGAUGGUAGUGAUCCAGAAGACUAUGCUCGCCAACUCAAAAUGGAAGCAAUUAGUCGAAAUACAACCUCAGUCGCUCAGGAUUUUCAUAAUGCGGGAGGCGUUGUUAAUCGUAAUUAUAAAAAGUACAUCCAAAAAAAUAAUGUUUGUCAUAAAUUAGAAGAGAAUAAUACCAACAGCAUAAGCAUGGAUAACAAUGUUAAUUCUCAAGAAACCACAUUUAAUUUGCAGCAUCAAAUGAAUCUUAACAAUUUGAAUGAACAACCAAAUAUAACAAGCAAUAACAAUUGCUUUAUAAAUAAAAUUAAAAACUCAAAUGAACAUGAUUUCAAAAUUGAUAGCUUUGAUUCGGUAAUAAUGGCAAAAAAAUUCAACGAAUUAUCCAGUGAACAAAAGAAGGCGAUGCUUGAUCAGUUAAAUAAAUCGCCUCCCGCAUUUUUAUUAAGUAAUUGCACGAAUUUGACUAAUUAUAAAGAACAAAGCAGUACGGUAUUGAAUUUAAGCAAAACAAAUAACAGCAGUGUAACUAUUAAUACAAGCCCCGUUAAAACUCAACCACAUCGCCUUGAAAUAAAUCAAAACAAUAAAGAAAACACAAACUCAAUAUUUGCUAAUAUGGAGUACCAAAAUUUGAACAAAUUAAAUAUACAAUUCCAAAACUAUAUCAAAAAUAUCAUAAAUAAAUAUUAUGCUGAAACACCGCUUUUAUAUUCAGCGUCGUCAUUAUCACCAACACCUUCAUCAUCAUCAUUAUCAACAGUAGCAGCGUCCACUUCAGUAAGCAGUUUAGGAAAAAGUCCCAACAAAAAUUUAACGAAUUCUUUAAAUGAGAAUAUUCAAUCAGGUAAUAAAACCGAAACAGAAAAUUACAUUGAAUAUUUAAAAAACAAAGAAGAUAUUACAUUAAUAGUUCAACCAAAGAAAGCAAAAUUCGCAACGAAAAUUAUAAAUAAUGAACCCGAAAAACCAAGCAUUGAAAUAUUAUUAGCACCAAAAAAGAAAAUUAAUGAGCUAUAUGUUAAUUCAAAUAUUUGUAAUAAUAUUAUCACGUCUGAUAAAUUAUCGGAAGAAGUUACAAAUUUAGAAUUCAACCAAGACAAGAAACAAACCUCGCUUAGCAUUACACAAAAUAAGACAGCUUCGAAAUUACAAAAUAUAUAUCAAAAUAUUAAGAAAUUACCAAAAGUUGAAAUUGUUUCAAACAAAACAAAUAAAUUAUCAUGUCGAAAUAGCGAAAUAAAAUCUCCUGUAAAAUUUCGACAAAAUAGUAAAAAAGCAUGUAAUUCCAUCAGAAAACGAAAACAGGCUCAACCAAAAAAGUUUUUAUACACUAAAGACAAUGGAACAGUUGAGUCUGAACACAAGUUUCCCAUCACUUUUACUGCAAUUGGACAACCAUUAGAAUUAUUUAAAAAGAAUAUUCAAAAACUUAAUAAUAUUGGGGUCAAAAAGUGGAAGGUUUCAAAAAUUUAUGAUCCAAAACAAGUUAUAAAUAGAAUGUCAAAAUUACGUGAUAGACACAUGCGAAAAUUAGUGGACGAAAAACGCAUUUGUGUUUUAUGUAACGGAAAUCAAAUAGCUAAACCAAAAUAUCAGCAAAAUUUCUCGUCAAACUUUCAAAAUGAAAUAAUUUUCCCCUACCAUACAAAGCGAUCACUUCGCCUUCAUAGAAUGUGGAAACAUACAAACUGGAUGCUUGGAACACCUAACAUCAAAUGCAGCAAAUGUAAAAAAUGUUUUAUAAAAAAAUAUAGCUUACGGAUACAUAACAUGUUAACGCACUAAAAACUUAAAAAAAACAUGUGCCCUUGUUUACAAUACAAACAAAAUCAUACAAUAAAAACCCAUUUAAUGUUAAAAACCAAAAAUGAGACAUUAGUUUAAGGCAAAAGAAAGAAGAGUUAAGGAAAAACAAAAGCUUUUUGUAGAUCUCAAAUAUUCUAUAAGAUUCACAGUAUAUCAGAUAUAAAUUCUUCUUAUACUUCUUAUUUAGAUUUUACAUUGCCUAUUUUGUAUAUUUAAUAUUAUACAUGUAUGUAUGUACAUAUAUGUAUCAUUCAUAAUUGCCUAAAAAUUGGUUUAAAAAUUUUCGUUUAUUUAAGUGCCUACUUUCAAGUUACUUGAUAUUAUUUCACUGUC